GUCCGUGUUAAUAUUUCACUGAGCAGGACGGAUACAGUUGGACAUGACUUCACUAGUUUUGAGUAAGUUGUGAUAAUGAAAAUGGCCGCAUUAUGUCUCUGUCUAGCAUUUCUGUGUCUGUGUGUACUUUCUUUUGAUUGGUCGAGCCUGUGGCGACAUCAGCGAGCAGAUGGUGUGUUUGCACGUCUCAGUGCAUUAGACACGUGAGGGAUUCAUCUUGUACAGCGCACAUCCUCUUCAAUCAAAAUCACAGGGAUUUACUGUGGAUAUUAUUUGGCUCAGGGGUUGUCAUUGUGUCUAUUUGUCUUUGCCUGUGUGCGCUAGACAACAGACACUGUGUGUGUGUUUGUGUGUGUGUGUGUAUGAGAGAGGGAGACAGACAGUGAGCAAGAGGAAUUCAGAGAUCCAGCCAGAGUUAAGUGCAGCUGAGUUCAAAGCCGGGGCCAGAGUCACGGGACAGAGAGCGGUGAGGAGUGAAGGGGGGGGGGGCAGAGUGGAGAGACAGAGGAUGAAGACAGGGCAGUAGAGAGAAGAGUCGGGGGUCAUGCCGGUUUUAAACAUCCACAAUGAGGAGAUUUACGAUAACUUCGCCAUGGAAGGUGAGCUGCGGCGUUGGUGCGGUGUUCGUUGUGUUCCUGACAGACUUCAGAGAGAGAGAGAGAGAGACAUGUGAGCCGGUGUGACUGCAGAAGCAGCUUCAGUCAUGUCUUCAAGGUCAAGUAGAACGUGACGGGGUGGAGGGUGGAGGGGAAAGUGUGUACAUCUUACUCUGUGCAAGUAAAAGCCUUUGAAAGACAGGAAGUGGGCGAGUCUGAAUCAAUGCUUGUGUGUUUACAUUCAAACCAGUUGUGGUAUGCGGGAGCACUGUUGACAGUUGGAUAGACUUCCUGUCUGUUUUAUUUUCUCACACUUGCAUCAUUUGCGAUACAUAUUUCCUCUCUGCGUUUGUGUUCUUUGUUCGACUUUGUUUAGUCAGAUCUGACCUGGUUUUCCUUCGAUGUAUAAAUAUGUUUUCUCUGACCUUCCAUUAGCUUAUCCUUUGCUAAUGAUUGACCUAUAUAACUGCUGCAAAGCUCAUAGUGUAACACAGAGAAAAACACAAAGUACUUUGCUAUUGUUUCCAUGAUUUUGUAUGAAAGUGCUGCACGUGUGAAAGAAGGGGCACAGUAAGGGAGUCUCGGUUUCAUAUUCCUGCUUCUGCAGUGUAAAAUCAAACACGGCCUAUUAAUAGUGCUGGAUGCACUUGCAGAGACAUGGCAUGUUAAUGUGCCCCCUGCUCAUACAGUACAUGAGGAAAUGCAUGAGAGCACUCAGCGGAAUAUGUUAACAGUCUGGAUAUUUCACUACAUUAUAUGAUGAUACAAGCAUCUCAAGUUAUCAAGUGUCCAGUUUUUGUGUCGUGUUGUGAAAUGAGAGGAGGGAGCUGUCUCACAGAUUGGGCAUAAAUACUAUUUGAACUCCAGACAGUAUAGAACAUUACAGUUGUAAUUUAGUGCAAGUGCAAAGCAUGUUUGUUUGAAUAAUCCUAAUGCAAUGGAGCUCAUACUAUUUUAGGGUAGGAAAUUUUAGGGUAGUUAACCCAGAUGUGGUUAAAUGAACGCUGAAUAUUGUUUCUUCACUGUGUUCUGACCUAUGGAACAGUUACUGUAGAUUAUAACACAAAAACAUCAUUGAAAUUGACAGAAUUGUUUGUCUUGUCUCCUCAGACUUGACCUUUGUCCCCAGUCUUUCACGUUCAGUUGAGAGGAACAAAUCCUUUAUUUAAAUUAGCAUUUUUAAAAAAGAGGAUUGGUAAUCCUGAGGAGGGGGGGGUUGUGUGUUUGUAUGUAAUAAGUACUUCUUACAUUAUUCUUUUAAAUUGUCAAAUAAACAAAUGUUGUACCUGGAGCUGGUGUAGCUGCGGUUUAUGGUGCCAAAGGUCCAACCAACCAUGAAUCAAAAGCUCCAAAGUGUUUAUUAACAACUCACAUUGACCAUUGUACCGUGUGUGUGUGUGUGUGUGUGUGGGCUGUCAGUAAAAUGACAAUACUAAUUUUGUAACUCAUUGGACUUUGCAGUUAUUCAGUUUAUUGUGACCAGAGUUCAGUCACUUUCUUUUCCUUUCACGUCCCACUGUACUGUAUGGAUAUGUCUGUGCGCUGUGUGUGUCUGCAUUUGGAUCAAUAUCUUUAGUUUUUUAAGUGGAGUUUGGUGGUAUACGUUCAACGACACCAAACUUCACCCAGCAGGUAAAAGCAUAGGUGUGUUUGUGUAAGUGUGUGUGUGUGUGUGUUGAGAUGAACUGUCAUACAGGAACAUGAGAGAUUAUAUGCAUUGUGUAUAUACUGUAUCUGUCUUGCUGUGUAACAGGAGAUAUCUCUGUCGGGCAGAGGUUAUUUUUAACUGCUGGUUGUUGGAGGAGGGUGCAGCGUCCAGAUCCAGAGGUCACUGAGGGCCUCAGAUUACUGGACCCCAGCUCUCAUCCAUCUGAGCAGCUGCUUCGCUCGAGGCUGCUCAUUACAUUUAAUCCUCAGUGAAAUGUAGAUUGUUGUAUUAUGCUGAAUUUACCAAACAAAAGAGGCAGAAACUCAGGAACAUUUCCCAGUUCCAGUCUCUCAAAUGAGAGGAUUUGCUGCUUUUUUUAUGUUUUAUACAAAUGUAAAUUUGGAUUUUGGAGUGUUGGUCAGACAUUAAAGUAAAUUGAAGACAUCCCAUUUAUCACAUUCUCAUUUGAUUAUAGGAUUGAGUCGAAUAAGGAGUAUGUUUAAAUGCUUAAUCAUGUCAUUGCAAGUUUUGUUUUGUUGAAUGUGACUGUCAAAGUGUUUUAUGGUCAAGAUAAAUUCAUCUCUCUCCUCUUCCCAUUGAAACGGCAGCACUAUGGAGUGUGUCCUCAGUCUGUUACAGGGCCUUUAAAUCAAAACCGAUGGCUCAGUGAUUAGAGAUGCCACUUCUCUUUAAACAGGUGGAAGUGGGAGCAGUGCAGCGCUGGUGACACCCACUCAGUCCUCAGUGCCGAUCGUGUGGAGCAGAUGACCAAGACGUACAAUGACAUCGAAGUGGUCACGCACCUUUUGGCUGAGCGGGACAGAGACUUGGAGCUAGCAGCUCGGAUCGGUCAGUCACUGCUGCAGAGGAACCACCUGCUGCAGGAACGCAAUGAGGCCUUAGAGGAGCAGCUAGCACAGGCCCUGGACCAGGUUCACCAGCUGCAGCACGAGCUCAGUAAGAAGGAUGAGUUGCUGCGGAUGGUGGCCAGCGCCUCGGAGGAGAGCGAGACCGACUCCAGCGUGUCCACCCCCCUGCAGCAUCCUCAGCCGCCUGGAGGAACCACGGCCGCCGCUGCACUCAGCCAGCUGGAGUCUCUGCAGAGCAAGCUGCAGGAGCUGGAGGAGGAGAACCUGACCCUGAGGUCUGAGGCAUCUCAGCUGAAGAGAGAUACUAUCACCUAUGAAGAGAAGGAGCAGCAGCUAGUGAGCGACUGUGUCAAAGAGCUCCGUGAGUCCAACAGCCAGAUGGUGUCUCUGACAGAUGAACUCUCUCAGAAGAACGAGGAGCUGCUCAGACACCAGGAGGAAAUCGCUCAGCUGCUCUCCCAGAUCGUGGAGCUGCAGCACAGAGUGAAGGAGCUGGCUUUGGAGAAAGAGGAGCUGAGGAUCCACCUGCAGGCCUCCAAAGAUGCUCAGAGGCAGCUCACAGCAGAGCUGAACGAGUUGGCAGAGAGGAAUGCCGAGUGUGUCGAGAUGCUCCACGAGUCUCAGGAGGAGAUCAAAGAGCUUCGCAGUAAAAACACUCCCUCUGCUGGGAUGCGACGGCACCUUUCCUACGGCCUCUACCCCAUGGACUCCCUGGCAGCAGAGAUCGAGGGCACCAUGAGGAGAGAGCUGAGUGUAGAGGAAGAGACCGCCUUUCAGGACCAAAGAACAUCCCAGAAGCGAGUCUUCCAAACAGUCCGCUCCGUCAACGCCUCAGCGUCGCGGUUGUCCUCAGCCACCCCUCCGAUCCCCGGCUCAGGACAGAGCUCGCUGGUGAUGACUGCACAGCCUUUCCAGUCCUCUCAGGGGGACGAGGUGCGAAUGGGCCAGCCUGGCUCUCCUGGUGGAAACGACCUGAGCAGAGCCCUGCACCGCCUGUCGCUGCGACGGCAGAACUUCCUGUCCGAGCGUCAGUUCUUCCAGGCGGAGCGCGAGAAGAAGCUGCAGGCUCUGGCAGGGGCGGAAGCGGACGGAGAGGGCAGCGGCUGCAGCACGCCGAUGGGCAGCACGCUCUCCUCUUUCUCUAACCUGUCAGAGCUCUCCAUCAGCUCCAGCGUUUUUAAGACCUUCCUGCCUGAGAAGCUUCAGAUCGUCAAACCCAUGGAAGGCUCACUGACACUCCAUCACUGGCAGCAGCUGGCCAAACCACACCUGGCCACCAUCCUGGACCCACACCCAGGGGUCGUGACUAAGGGUUUCCGCCCGCUGGCUCAGGAUGCUGUCUACCACCUCUCUGACAUGGAGGAGGAUGAGGAGGGCGAAGAGCACAAAGGGGCCGGUGUCCUGGAGAAGGGGGCGGCGGAGCGGGGUAAGGAAGAGGAGGAAGAGGAAGAGGAGGAAGGCGGGAUCACCUUCAAAGUGCGCUACACAUCUACGCCGGAGGAGAGGAAGGACAGAAAGCAUUCGGCGUCACCUCUCCCUGUCCCACCUCUCUCCCCCACCAUGCCGACAUCAUCCUCUUUGAUCAGACCAGACCUCGGUCUGAGUCCUGCACCUCUUCAUGUCUCUGAGACGUCCAGCCUAUCAUCGCAGCCCAUUCCAAACGCAUCUGCAGCAGCGGUCCAACCACAGAGUCAGAUGUGCCCCUCGUCAUCAUCAUCAGCAGCAGCAGCAGCAUCUUCCUCUGUCCAAAAUCCAGGAAAGUGUCAGAGCUCCACCUUCUCCACCUACACCUUCACGACCUGCCGCAUCCUGCACCCCAGUGACAUCACACAGGUCACCCAAAGUUCUCAGUCACCUCUCUUGGCCAACACACCCAGCUCCAUGAGGACAGGUCCCAGUACCCCUGUGACUCCCUGCAGACUCAGCCUGGGUGACUCCUUCCCUCCCCGCCGCCCCCCAGCGCCCACCAGCAGCCUGGCCAAGCUGGUCCUGGAGAGGGGCAUUUCUGCACAAGUGUCCACUGACAACCCACCUUCAUCCCCCAGACCCGCACCCCGGCAGCCCCUCUUCUGUUUCCUCCCUACUACACCCCCUAACUCCCCCUCUCACUCACCCUCUCCCUCUCCUGUGCCCCCGGAGUCCCGCCAGCACCCGGCUGACAAUUUCCUAGCCUCACGGCCGGCAGAGCUUUUUCUCCAGGACGUUUACGGGUUGAAUCUGGGCCGCGCCCCGCAUCCCGAUCUGCCCAGCCCCUCCCAGGAAACCCCACCCCUUGCCCCUUCAGGCCGAGCCAAGCCCGACCCUGUCAGUGUCGGCCUGGUGGAGAGGCUGCGGCGGCUGGGAUUUACCAAGGUGCUCCAUGGUUCGGAGUCUGAGGCUUCAGGGCCGCGCCAGGAUUCUGCCACUUUUGUGUCGGCGGGCGGGGGGAGCCUGUUGGACGGCCUGAGGCGCAACCAGAGCCUCCCGGCUAUGAUUGGUGCCAGAGCGGGAAAGUCAGUCGGUAACCCCACACCUCCUCCUCACCCCACCUCCCUGGCCCUCCCCCCGCCACCGUGGGGAAACCUUAAGGAGCGCCGCCGGCAUCUCGCCUCCGUCUCACAUGUCCCGUCAAGUUCAGCCAAGCGCUGAAGAGGAGGAUGAACUGGGAGGGGACAUAGUCCAGAAAAUGAACCACCUCCUUUACACCUCCAUCCUCUUCCUCCUCCUCCUCUCAUCUCUCCUCCUUUCUGCCUUUGGAGAGACGAGUCAGGGCAACGGUGGGCGAAAGAAUCCCUCCUUUUUAUGACUUCAUUUUAAAGCACAAUUGAACAAAACUGACUGUUUUUAGCGACACCGCCGUGUCUGUGUGUGUAGAUGUUUGCUAUGAUGCUAGCUGUUAAGGCCUUUACUCGCCUCUGAACAGGCGAUUCAGCUCUGUACCUUCUCAGCCGCGUCUGAAUUGGGUUCUGUAGUUUUCCGUGUGAGGCUCUGGAUGUUGAGGCGCAGGCGGAGGAGAGAGGGAACGCGUAAGUGGACGAGGGUUUGCGGAAGUGGAUUGGAAGAGAGCAAGAGGUGAGGCACAGUAGAGCUAGAAAGAGAAGGGAGAGCGGCCUCUGCAUGUUUAUUUUGUGUAAGUGCGAGAAAGUGAAGGUGAAGAAAGAAGGAGCAUCCAGAGUCUUGCUUUUUCAAGGGCUUGUUCUGUAGUGGCCUGGAAAAGCUUUAGUCUGUAAUAAAACAGCAUCAUGCCCAUAACACAGAGAAGGAUUUACAGACGUCUGUCACAGCAGAUUCAAACCAUUUCUAAACAGAAGGGAUUCCACUUGCUUUUAUUACUUGAGGACUAGAAGACCUGAAGUGCUCGCUGGCCUAACAGCGUACUGCCAGGCUCACCUCGUAGACAGACCACGCCUCUAACAUGCCAACAUUAUUAAUAUUCGAAUAGUUUUACAGUAGACCCUUGUUGCACGGAUGUCUGGUGACCGUCCACGUGCCCUUGCCGCCCCCCUUUUUCCUGCCUCCCGCGAUCGUGCGCAUGAUACGUCGAAAGCGACCUCGCCCGCAGGUCCCAGCAUGCACCUGUCGGCGGACAGGUGGGGCCAGGCUGAAGGCGAGGUCAGAAUGGCAGGCCAAAAAAAAAAAAAAAAAAGAAUCUGCCUUUUCCUUCAGGUCCUGUUGUUUGGUGUGGUAUGAGGCCUUAUAAGUAGAAGCCAGCACUGUUUUGAUUUGUGUUCCUGUUAAACCAUGUUUGUGUAUAUUGCACACGGUGGGGUUUGGUUCGGUGGAGGCCGUGCUCAUUAGAAGAUCACUGCUCGGUUGAGAACAUUUCAGCACAGUCUGUGGCUUUAAGAGAAAAAUGCUUCUGUUUUCGGGGCUCUGUGUUUAUCUCAGGCCACCCGCGGGGCGUUCAGGUUCAGUCUGUUUAGGGGGAAAAACCACUGACAUGUGAUUUUGGGUUUAUUACCAGGACGUAUGCGGUUCACACUUUAGCCAGCAGGUCUGAUUAUUCCUGUAGGAAAACAUAUUCAUCCUACAUUCGACUCAUAACCCCACAUAAUCACGUUGCUUCGAGCUUUGUGCUUGACCCCUGUGACCCUUCAGCCUUCAGCGCUGCUGUCCCUAACCUUCAUGGAUCCAACCAGACUCCCCCACUCAGUUACUGCACUUUUACUUUUGUUAUUUAACCUUUGUUUUACUGACAUCGCUAUUUGAAUGAUAUAGAUUCUAACAUGAAACUCUAGCG